AUGGCAGACUUCGUCAAGGGUCUCUUCGGUGGGCAAAAGCCUGCACAGGCUCCAGUUGUUGGUGAUGAUGACUUCGCCGACUACGCAGGUGCUCCUGAGCCCACACCCGCUGCCAUCUCGUCCUUCACGACCGGUACCGGUGCGGCGCAGGCUGCCCCUACAGCUCUGGGCGACAGCCGCCCAUACACGGCAUGGUACCGUGUGUGGGAGCGCACAAGCAUGGAUGACUUCAAGCUGGAGAUGUACAUCCUGCCCUUUCUCUUCGCUCUCAUCGCGGUCCACCUCUGGGGCACCAAGCGCAACCGCAGCAAGGCCAGGACAUGGAUCAAGGCCCACGCCCCUGUCCUGUCCCAGGAGUUCGCCCAAGUCGGUCAUACGCGCCCAAGCGGAGAGGGAGAGGUUACAGACGUGGACAGCCUGCUCAAGGAGAAGAAGGCCGACGAGUACCAGACAUACGCUACCGGACGCCAGAACGUUGCCUUUGUCGACUUCAAGUUGACCUUCUACAAGCGCUUCAACCCCUUCGCAUGGCUUGGUGAAUCCGUCCUUCCCCUGUUCUUCGAAAGUUUCCCUCCACCUUCUGAGCGCCUCGAGGCUACGGCCUACGUCUUCGAUGGCCGGGAGACCAAGUUUGCGCCAUCAUACGGUCAGGGUGAGUCAAAGAAGGUCACCAACAGCACCUUCGAUGGCUUCGUCUUCGCAAUUGUACACAAGGACAUCAUGAAGCGCAUGCGCGACGAGCGCUACGACCUGUCUCUGACUACCACGCGCGACCACGCCAAGUUGCCUGUUUGGACCACGGUCAUGAGUGAGAGCGCUGAAGUUACGGAUAUGCUGCUCACCCCUGAGCUUAUCAAAGCUGUGAACGACGCAGGAGACAACUUCGAGGCCAUCAUCGUCAGCGACCAGCCCAUCAACGCCCCCAGGACCCUCGACGAAACCAAGCCUAAGAAGCGUCUAAGUCUCUCUCUGAAGUUCGCCUCGGACUAUGCCACCACCCUCCCCAUCUUCCAGUACUUCCUUCGCCUCCCUGAUCAGCUCGCUUCCUCGGCGCACUUCCGCCCUGAAGCCCUCCGUCGCAUCAAGCAAACCCGCGACGAGCAGAUCGCCAAGAUCAAGAAGGCGGAUGAUGAGGAGAAGGCAGAGGAGAGGAAACUGGCUGCCGAUAAGCUGAAGAAGGAGCAGAGAGAUGCCAAGUUGGGCCGCCUGAGUGCUGAUGAGCAGCGCAAGUUCUUGGAGAAGGAGAGAGAGAAGAAUGCAAGAAAGGGCAUGAAGAGGAGUACUGUCAAGGCAUAG